GCGGCGGCGGCAUGGCUCGGCCGGGCCGGGCGCGUACCCUGCAGGUGGUGGAUACAGAGUACAGUGCGGACGCCGUGGAGUGGUGCCCUGUGGCCGGCUGGCACAGCGUGCUGGUCUGCGGCACCUACCAGCUAAGGAAGCCCGGCAGCAAGCCUGGCGUAAGCCCCACUGAGAGUGACGAGCCUCACGCCCGGCUGGGCCGCCUCUACCUGUAUCACUACAAUGAGGAACAGCCCUUCAUUCCAUUGGCUGAAAUUCAGAGGAUUGAAACUGCUGCUGUUCUUGAUCUCAAAUGGUGCCAUGUUCCUAUUGCAGAAUAUCCUGUGCUGGGUGUUGCAAAUGCCAAAGGAGCUGUGGAGCUCUGCUGCUUGGCUGGAAGUGAGAAAAACAGCUGCAUGUUGGAGCCAGUCUGCAGUGUCGACCUUGGAGCACAACGCCUUGCCUUGUCUCUGGACUGGUCCACAGGACGAGAGGAGUGUUCUAGUGGGCACCCACUGAGGGUGAUCAGCAGUGAUUCAAAGGGGAAGCUCAGUCUACUGUCAGUAGAUGAAUCUGCUCCUUCUGUGAAUGUCCUCAGUCAGUGGAAGGCUCACGACUUUGAGGCCUGGAUUGCUGCUUUCAAUUACUGGGACACAGAAAUCGUGUAUUCAGGUGGGGAUGACUGCUUGCUGAGGGGUUGGGACAUCAGGUGCAGCCCAGAGAUGCCUAUCUUCACCAGUGAGAGGCAUUCAAUGGGCGUCUGCAGCAUUCAGUGUAGUCCUCACAGGGAGAAUCUUCUGGCUACAGGAAGCUAUGACGAGCACAUUCUGCUGUGGGACACUAGAAACAUGAAGCAGCCAUUGGCAGACACCCAUGUUCAGGGGGGAGUUUGGAGGCUGAAGUGGCACCCAACGUGUGAGCACUUACUGCUGGCAGCCUGCAUGCAUAAUGGAUUCAAAAUCCUUGACUGUCAAAGAAGUUUGGCUGAAAACGCUGACGAAUGCACCAUUCUGUCGUCUUACGUCUUGCAUAACUCCUUGGCUUACGGAGCUGAUUGGUCAAGACUGUCUCCAAGGGAUCUGCUGGGUGUAAGACAGGACCCUUCCCCAACUGUCUCUUCUGAGGGGGUAGGGGCAAGAGCAGAUCCAGGAGUCAAGAAGCUGGAUCUCCAAGUCCAGAACCUGAAGAUAGUUUAUGAAUCUCCUACAGCUACUUUUGAUGUAGUGUUAGAUGAGGAUGGUGAAAACUCUGUGUCACAGGUCAAAGCAGAGAUGGGGCCAGACCCUCAGUUUUUGCUUCCUGAUGGAAGGGGAUUGGACACACAGUGUGACCAGGCUGAAUUGGCAAAGGCUCAAAGAGAGAGCAGCAUCAUAGCGACAUGUUCAUUUUAUGAUAACAUCCUACACAUCUGGAAAUGGGAAACCAGCCAAACUAGCCCUUCAGAGUAAAGUAUUAAAUAUUAAUCCCAGUCUGAGAACAUACAUUCACAAUGACAUCAUUGGAAAGCCUGUCGGAUGGAAGAAACAGAAGAUUUUUCUCUGUGAAGAGCUAAGCCUACAGCCUAUGCCCAGUCUCACUUCCAUUAGGGUUUUCCAGCUUUUUUUUCUUUUUGCCAGGGAGCUCAGGGUUCUUGAACAUUUGCAGACAUGCACUGUUUAAUUUAAAGCAAUUAGAAUUUCACUAUUUUGUCUUCAACUCUGACUAAACCAAAAUUUUAGUUUCUGCCUUGCUGGGGGAUGCAGUUAAACACUGGUGCAUCUGCUUAAUUGUCUACUGCUGUGAUUUGUGGUGGGGCUGGUAUAUUUCAAGGGAUACUUUAUUCUGACAUGAAAUUCAUCUCUCAAUGGCUGUCUGCUGUUUGUAAGUCUUAUUUGCUAUUCCCUAGAGAUGUGGUUGGAUGCCAUCUGCCUUUCUCCUUCCACAAAACAAAACUGAACUUUGCUGCAGCACUGAACUUGUUCAAGUUCACAAAUUAUUCAAUAACCAGAUUUUUUUUUCUGAACUUCCAAGGGAGUUCCCAUCUGGUGUUAAGGCUUGUGCCUUACUUCACUGUAUGAUCUGUUUGUAAACUAGCAUGUGCCACAAGAAGAUACUAUGCAAAGUUAGGCAUGCUGAUAAUGGCAUCUGCUUAUAGUGACCUUCAUACAGAGAAAUCUCUUCUGGAAGAAGUGGUGUACAUGAUGCAACAGAAUGCUAGUGCAGCUCCAGUGAACUGUAUUCUGAACUGUUAUUGUGAGGAUUCUGCAAUCUCUGCUUGGUUGUUUUUGUUUUGUGGUGGUGUUUUUUAACACACCUUCUGCAUGAAUUACAAGUUAAUUUUAUUGCCAUCAUUAAGCACUGCUAGUUUUGCCUAGAUUAUACAGUGAGUUUCUCUGUAUUAGAGCUGCAGCAAAGACUAUUAAAAUGCCAGCCUGCACCAAAUCUGUAUCCUCUAAUAUUCCUAGGGAGAGACCUGAAAUUCAGGAGCAACCCAGGGUUGACAGCUGUUUCAGAUUUAAGGUCAAAAGUCUCCAAAUGCUGUUAGUAACGUUCAUUGGUGUCUUACAAAAAUUGCUUCUGGCAUUAAUAAUGCAGUCCUCAUUCCUUCCUAGGAUGGCUCCAGAACUCUACAAGGUUGAGCUGUAAGCUUUUUACUGUGACACAUGAGCAAGACAUUACAUUGCCUCUGUGUUUCUAAUUAUCUCUCUCCAAAAAACAGCUCAAAUUGCUUAAGUCAUUUCUAGUUUGUAUGGUUUAUCUUUGAGAGUUAUGAUUAGUUUUUUUCAAAGGGAAGAAACACCAGCAACAAACACAGUAUUUGUAACAGUGAACUGAAGUCCAGAACUGACUUAUCUCCUUACUGCUGCAGGGCCCUUUUUCUCAAGUGUAUACGUGUAGUUUGGAACAGCAUCUUUUCAAAUACUGUUAUAUGAAGAUGCAUAUCAGCAUUGUGAAUAAAAGAGCUUUUGUUAAACUUAAAAAAAAACCAAC